UCUUGCGCUAGACGUUAUAGAAACCCGGAAGUAGUUUGAAGGUCUUUGCUUAUUGUAGAAGUUUGGAUAAGGUCGCUUGUCCAUAUUUAAUGUGAAAAUGGGUGUUAAAAUAGAGGUAUUUCGAAUGAUGCUGUAUCUCUCCUUUCCUGUGACCAUGUUUUGGAUCUCAAAUCAAGCAGAGUAUUUUGAAGAAUAUAUAGUGAAGAGAAAGAGGGAAAUCUUCCCCCCCGACGAGGAAUCGCAGAGAAAAGAGUUGGAGGACUUCAAAGAGCGAAUGCGUGUUCGUAAGGAACAGCGGCUAUUAAAAAAUAUUCCUCUGGAAUCUGAGAACUGAAGAUUACAUGUUGAAGAAAAUGAUUUUCCACCCUUUACCAACGAUGCUGAACUGACUGGCAGUGAUUUUGUGGCCCAAGGAAAAAAGUUGGACUGGAGUAUGCCCAUUUCAUGUUGGAAAUCUCUGCUGGAUUAACUCUUCCCAAAGAUGUGCUGGGUAAUAAUUAUUUACGCCUAAUAAGUUUAUUGUGCUUUCAUUUGUGUGUAACUUUUUUUCACAUGGUUUUUCAAAUGGUACAAUUGUUUUCUUAGCUGUUGUUGUUACAUUGCCUUAAAAUAAAUACUGAGCUGUACAUCAGAUUGAAUCUACUUUAUUAUGAUCUAUUUGCAAGGUGCAGUGCCUAAAAUGUUUUCACCUUGUCCUAUUACUUAUAUUGUAGUGUAUUGCAGCAUUGUAUUCUAGGUAAUGGUGAUUCAGAUUAACAGAAAUAAAUACUAACUAUAAAUCAAUUCUCCACAAACUCCUCGAAACUGACCACAAAGACUUUUGUUGUAUACUGAAGUAUUUCCCAUCUUUAAAAUAAUUAACAGAAUAAACCAAUUGUUUUCCAGUUAGCAAAA